UGGGGCUUGUGACCAGUGUGACUGAGCCAGGGUCAGAGAGACAUGCAGUCCAAAACAAUCCAGUUGACAAGGAUGGAAUUCGCCAUGAAAUCCCUCAGCCUUCUCAACCCCAAAUCCCUCUCAAGGUAUGUGGCCACCAGGUAUGUGGCAAUGAGCACUUCCGUGGUGACUCAGCAGCUGUCAGAGCCCAGCCCUGAAGCCCCCAGAGCCCGGCCUUACCGAGUGAGCAAUGCUGACCGGAGCGUGCGCAAAGGCAUCAUGGCGCACAGCCUGGAGGACCUCCUUCACAAGGUCUGGGACACCCUGGCGCUGGCAGACAAGCCCUUUUCCCUGGUGCUGGAGGAAGACGGCACAAUCGUAGAGACCGAAGAGUACUUCCAGACCCUCUCAGAGGGCACGGUGUUCAUGGUGCUCCACAAGGGGCAGAAAUGGCAAUUCCCAUCGGAGCAGGGGGCUAGGUACCAGCUCUCCCUCUCGAAUAUGCCUGCGAAGAAGAUAGACGUGGCCUGCGUGACCUUUGACUUGUACAAGACCAACCCGCAGGACUUCAUUGGCUGCCUGAACACAAAAGUGACUCUCUAUGGCACCUACUCCCUUUCCUACGAUCUUCACUGCUACGGAGCCUCACGCGUCAUGAAGGAAGCUCUUCGCUGGGCACUCUUCGGCAUGCAGGCCACGGGCCACAUGCUGCUUGGCACCUCCUGUUACAUGCAGCAACUCCUGGAUGCCACAGAGGAAGGGCAGAACCCCAAAGGCAAAGCCUUGUCCCUCAUCCCAACCUGUUUGAAGAUACUGCAGUAAAGGCGCCAGUCUUUCGAGGCCUCCCCACCAAGAAUUAAACUGGGAGCCCUCUGCUUAGCCUCAGAGUUCACAAGCCAGCCGCUAGCUGUAGAGCUUCUUAGCUCCCCACACCUCCCUCGGCCCACAGGACCAGGAAUGAGAAAGCUGGAGAAAGGACUAGAAAGGAGUUGCUGGGCUGACCAAAGGAGAAUUGUGGGUUCUUGUCUCAGCCCGGCUUCUUCCUGCCCAGAGUGGUUUAACAGACCAAGAGCAGGCUUCCUGAAUGCGAGGGCGAGCAUGAGGGGUGCAUGAGGAUGGCCCCUGCGCAACCUGCGUUCACAUCUUACACUUACCGCCUGCCUCCCGCCUCCCCUGCCUCCAGCUCUCCGGGGGGACAGGCCAAGUGCACCAGUGUAUGAGCCUGGAGAGGAUGCAAUAAAUAAUUCAUGCUGAUACA